CUCAUCCCAAAGGAUUAGAUAUUUCUUCGUUCCUCUGGCCUUUCUCUAACAGAAGAUGGCGUAUUGUAGAUGCGGGUUGAAGGCUCCUUUAUGUGUGACAAGAGAAAGUGGUAGGAGAUUUUUUUGGUUGCCAAAGAUGGAAGUUGUGUUGGGAAAUGCAGGAAGGAGGUUGUAAGUACUUUGCUUGGAAAGGUGAAAAUGGAAUUGAAGAAGAAGAUAGUCGAGAAUUGGUGAUUGAAGGAGGUGAAAAACUGGAAUUUCCUGAACUGAAAACAACAGUUUGUCUCCUGAGAGCGCAAAUUAUGGAUCUUCGUCGUGAAGUUUGUCAUAUGAGGACAGUUCUGCAAUUUGAAAUGGAGGACAAGAAGAAACUUAGCCAUGCCAUGGAGGAAAUCAAGAAACUUAUGCAAAUAGAGGAAAAAAAGAAUCCUAUCCAAAAGGAGGAAAGCAAGCAAGUUGGAUCCUUAUGGAAAGUUGUAACACUUGUUGUUGUAGGAUUAUCAAUGCUAAUUUGUUUACUCAAUGGGAAAAA